AUUGUUGCUACCGGAAUGAUUAUGGUCAACGAUCAAGCUGCCUCGCAGUCCCGAGGUCAAAAGCCUGCCCCCGUUUGUUCGACAACACCAAAAUCCACCAAUUCCCUGCGCAUUUAUUGUCCAGAAACGAUCAGUAAGCGUGCUCCGGAAGUCGUUCGAUCAGGGGACACGGACAGCUCAUCUGCAGACGACCGGUUUGGCCCCGAUCAUUUACCCGGUUAUGAAACUCGCUCUCAUCCACGAAAUCCGGCUCGUGAACGACACACUCCGUCACAACCAUUGGAAUGCGAUCGAAUAGCAGACAGUUGCCUGUUGACACCUCUUUCCACGGUUCCAGGCACUCAGGUUGAGACCUAUUUGGGAAAUUUGGACUUUUUCUUUAUCCGUGAAACAACCGAUUUGCGUGAGGACGGUGGGAUAUGCGGCUUUUUGCACACAAGCCUCACCGAAGUUCAGGCGGUUGUUGGUGCGCACACUACCAGCCUGGGUGGCAAUGCUCUUUUGUCCUAUCAUCUGAGCGAAGUGGUGAUCUUACGACCAGCGUCACGUAAUCAAGCUCAAUGUUUGCUCAACGUCUGUGGUGAUAUGGCCAAAAUCUCACCUUGGCGCAGUUACAAAGUUGCUUUGUGA